AGGCGACGCGAACUAAACGAUUAUCUGUCUAUAAUAGCCGAACUCGCGCUGUCCUACGGAGGGGGGCACUUCUACACCUACCACAAGCUUUUUUCCGCUAAAUGUGCCAUCCGAAUAGCUCAGUGGAACCAGUGCCCUUACUGGGGAGCGAUCGACUCCGACUUGCACAGUCGCGUAUUCCUAGGCUGUAGGAGCAUUUCGUGCGCAAUCUGCAGGUCCGUGGCUCACUCCACCACAACCUGCCCACAAAUAAACCCGGACGCAACCCAACACUCUCUUACUCCCCCGGCAAAAUCCACCAGCUAUGUCCCAAAAUCAGUUACCGCAGCAAACUCACGCCUAGCCCAACCAGGAGAAGAAAGCACCCAGCUAUGUAUCGCCUUCAACAACGGGAAAUGCAUCAGACAGCAUUGCCGCUAUCUACACUCCUGCAAGUUCUGUGGCGGUGCUCAUGCACGCAUAGUUUGCCCCGUGCAUAAAGCCGUAAAUAAAAAAUCUAAAAAUUACCUAUCGACUCCUGUGAAUAUUUUUCGCAUGACCAUUGAACUAGCACACCAUCCCGACAAAGAAUUUACUAAUUAUCUCCUGUCUGGUCUCAAACACGGUUUUAACCCGGGCGUCGUUUGCGAGCUUACCCAAAACACCGUCUGCCGUAAUCUCCAAUCCGCCCUCGCAGAGCCCGAUAUAGUAGCUAACCUCAUCAAAAAAGAAGUCGAUUCAGGCUUCAUGAUCGGGCCCUUCAAUACCCCCCCCUUCAAAACGUUCAGAGUCAGCCCAAUCGGAGUGGCUACGAGAAAAUUUUCUGGUAAGAAACGCCUAAUAGUAGACCUGUCAUCUCCGCAUAAUUCUACAGUCCCGAGCAUCAAUAGCUUGAUACCCCUCGACGAAUUUUCACUCAAAUACCAAGACAUAGAUCAGGCAGUCGAACUGAUUAAAAUCGCGGGCCGAGGAGCCUGGUUAGCAAAAAUAGACAUCACUUCUGCUUUCAAAGUGAUGCCCAUCCAUCCGGAUUUUUGGCACCUGUUCGGGAUACGAUGGCUCGAGAAAUACUAUUUCGCCGUCCGGUUAACCUUCGGAUGCAAAAGCAGCCCCAAAAUUUUUGAUAUGCUAUCAGAAGCCGUUUGCUGGAUCCUUUCCAACAAUUACGCAAUCCCACAUAUUAUCCAUCUCUUAGAUGACUUCCUGGUCAUUUCAUCGCCUAAGGCUAUCCCAGCCGCCCAUAUCCUCACCGUCCAAAAAGUCUUUUCCGAGCUCGGGAUUCCCAUCGCUCAGGAAAAAACCAUGGGUCCUGCCACAACCAUAGAGUUCCUCGGCAUCUACCUCGACUCAGCUAAAUUUCAGCUCUCCCUGCCAAAGGAAAAGAUUGAUAGAAUAAUUCUCGUCUCAUCCACCCUCCUCGACAGCCCUUGUUGUUCUAAACGCGAACUUCUUUCCCUGCUCGGGCAUUUAAAUUUCGCCAUGCGCAUAAUUCCACAAGGACGCCCAUUCAUCGCGCACCUUCUAACACUCGCAUCAUCAGUUCACGCGCUCGAGGACCUCAUUCCCCUAACCCAAGCAUGCCGCGACGAACUUAAAUUAUGGAUCCUGUUCCUUAGACAAUGGAACGGGCUUUCUUUUUUUUACAACAAUUUAAUCUCGUCUCCCAUCGACUUGCAGCUGUUUACAGACGCGGCUCCCUCAAUUGGUUUCGGAGGUUUCUACCAAGGCCGUUGGUUCGCGUCCACAUGGCCCCCCCAGAUGCAGGACUCGACCCAGUCCUCAGCUCUUUUCGAGCUCUAUCCCCUCGUAGUAGCAGCCUUCCUAUGGGGCAAUGAAUGGACAACCAAAAGCAUUUUAGUGCACUGCGACAACGAAGCCGUAGUUCAGUGCAUAAACAAAGGCCGUUCUCACUCCCCCGCCCUCAUGCCUCUCCUUAGACGCCUUAUAUGGAUCGCAGCAUGCGACCAAUUCAUAAUUAGCGCAAAGCACGUCCCAGGUACAGAAAACCAAAUCGCUGACUCCCUGUCUCGUUUUCUGUUUCAGAAAUUCAGGACGCUGGCUCCAGAGGCGGACCAAUUCCCCACUCCGGUUCCUCACUAUUCAGAAUUAAUAUUUCCGUAACUCACCCCCUAAAACCACUCCUCGAAGCAUCACUGGACUAUAUUCUCCAAGCAGUCUCUCCCAGAACCCUCCAGUCAUACGUGACUGCAUGGAGGUGCU